AGAUCAGACAGCCAUCCUUCUACCCCAGCUAUAAAUAUACCCCCUCCUAGUGCAGAUUAUUCCCCUUUCCCCAUCCACCAUCAGACACCGCCCGAUCCCGAGCGCUGCCAGUUUUUCACCCACAGUCACCUACACCAUGGGCUCUUUGUGGCUCUACCUCACCUUCCUCCUCCUGGACUCCUCUACCACUUACAUGUCCUCCAUGAUUGUAUAUACUUACUACCCCUAUGCUCUCCCAGUGGCCAUGUGGACAAUAUCCCUUAUAAAAUGUACCAUGCUUGGCUCGGUGUCACGCCUUAUGGAGGGCCAAGCUUGGACCUCAUCGUCUUUUCUCUACCCCCUUACCCUCUGUCUCUCCCCACCACUGUACCAGACAUUGAGAAUGUAUGUCACCUCUCACCCCAUGGAGUUAUACUGCGGGCUCUACCAUUCCCUGCUCUCCCAUCUCAUCCUGCUCCUCGCCUGUCUGCUCUGGGAUCUCGUGUCGCCUCAAGUUCUUCCAAAAGAAUCUUCAGAAGAAGACAAGAGCGGGCAACAGACGAGCAGGAAGAACUUCAAAAGACUCCUGAGAUACUCCAAGCCGGACUGGUGUCCACUAAGCGGGGCUUUCAUCUUCCUGGUACUAGCUCUGCUCAGCGAGAUGAGUAUCCCGUACUACAUGGGCCGGAUAAUCGACAUCUUGUCCUCAGAUUACAAGGAAUCGGAAUUUUCGGUGGCCAUAGUCUAUGUGUCCAUUUUUUCUAUAGCAAGCUCUCUUUUGGCGGGAUGCCGCGGAGGCCUCUUCACGUUCUCCAUGGCUCGACUGACCCAGCGCUUGCGAAGAUUCCUUUUCCGUUCCUUUAUGAAACAAGAAAUCUCAUUCUUUGAAACUACGAAGACAGGAGAACUCACAUCCCGCCUGUCCGAAGACACAACCCUUGUGAGCAACACAAUUGCUGACAACGUGAACAUUGCAUUCCGCAUGCUGGUGAAAUGCAUCGGGGUUUACGCAUUUAUGUUCUCUCUGUCCUGGCAGCUUACGCUCCUAACCUUUAUCAGCUCGCCGAUUACUUGGCUCAUACAGAAGUUUUACAAUCACUAUCAUCAGCCUCUGGUGCAGAAGGUCCAAGACUCCAUCGCGAGGUCCGGCGAUAUCGCCAAAGAGAUUCUAGAGUCGGUGAAAACGGUUCAUAGUUUUGCUGCGAUGGAGGACGAGGCCAAGCGAUACGAGGAGUCUCUGCAGGAAACGUACCGACUGCAGUACCUCAGGGACCUGGUCAGAGCGCUUUACGUCCUGGCAAUUAAGCUCACCAACUUCUGUUCCCAAAUUAUAAUGUUAUUAUACGGACAAACUUUAAUCCAGAAUGGGUAUAUAACCACUGGGAAGAUGGUAUCGUUUAUUCUGUACCAGAUGGAUUCUGGAGACUAUAUAAUGGAGCUUGUGGAUAAACUGAGUGAGAUCACUCAUUCCGCCGCAGCUGCUCAGAAGGUCUUCCAGUAUCUGGAUCGGGAACCCUUGGUGUCCACCUCCGGUACCUACCGCCCGGACCAGCUUCGUGGUUGUUUUGAGUUCAGGAAUGUCACAUUUUCAUAUCCAUCCCGCCAGGACAGCCCUGCACUUAAGAACGUGUCCUUUAAACUCAUCCCUGGAAGUGUCACGGCCCUAGUGGGCCGCUCUGGAAGCGGUAAAACCACCUGCGUGUCCCUGUUGCAGCGAUUCUAUGACCCGGACAGCGGGAAGAUUCUGCUGGACGGGAAACCGCUAGAUCAGUAUGAGCACCGGUACCUGCACUCCAAGGUGGCGCUGGUGGCUCAGGAGCCCGUCCUGUUUUCUGGAUCGGUUAAAGAUAAUAUUGGUUAUGGACUCCAGAAUGUCCCAGAGGAGCAGCUUAAGGAAGCGGCAAGGAACGCCAACGCAGAGUCCUUCAUCAUGGGCAUGGAGAAAGGCUACGAUACGGAAAUUGGUGGGAACGGAGGACAGCUGGGGGCUGGACAGAAGCAGCGCAUUGCAAUCGCUCGGGCCCUCGCACGGAAGCCGAAGCUCCUGAUCCUGGAUGAGGCGUCUAGCAGCCUGGAUGCAGGGACUGAAUAUGAGAUCCAGCGCUCUCUACAGAGUAUUGAGGGUCUCGCCGUGUUGAUUAUCGCUCACCGGCUGCGUACCGUGCGGGAGGUCGAUCAGAUACUAGUUCUGGAUGAAGGACGUCUGGCAGAGUGUGGAACCCACGAGGAGCUUAUGCAGAGACAGGGUGUAUAUUACGACCUGCAGGGACACAUCCUACAAAAUGGGGAGUGAGGAGCCAGGCGCGGAGCUUAGGCUGGAGAGGCGUGUGGAACUCGGGCAUAAGACCACAAAAGUUUGGAUAGAUGGGAAAUACUGCACUGCAUUGUACAUAGCAUUUAAUCCUUCGAUAUUCUUGGGGUUGAAGAAAUCUUGAAAGUCUCAUCGUGGGUUGAACUAUACAUUAUACAGGGCCAGCUCAGCCCUUCUUAUAGGAGCAACUGCAUAAUCCACAGCAUUUCAUGUGUCCAAAUUGGAAAAUCUGUCUCGGUGAAGUGUGAGACUGUUUCAUGAAAAGUGAGACACUUGGGAGGUAUGCAACUGGGUAGGGUAUGUCUUUCAUAAUCUAUGAUGGCUUUAAACUUCAGAAGAUUAUCGAGCCUUUUUUUCCAUAAUAAAAAAAAGAAGAAUUGAACACGUGUUGCUGUCUUGUCAUCUGAAAUGGUGAUUAAGCAGAAAUUAGAUAAGGCUUAGAAUUGUUAUGCUUGUCCACAGGUAGAAUUCCUAUAAAGUUUGGUCUCUCCCUGCUUUGUUGCAGUUUUGUAAAUAGCUUUGGUGAACUAAAAUAAAUGCUAUUUCAUGGAAAUCCAAAGAAA